GAGCAAAGCCAAGUUGUGACAACAAUGAGGGGAACACCAGGAUACAUGGCCCCUGAGUGGUUGAACUCGGUAAUCACAGAAAAGGUAGAUGUAUAUAGCUUUGGUAUUGUUGUUCUGGAAAUUUUAUGUGGUAGAAAAAAUGUUGAUCGAUCCCUGCCAGAAGAGGAUGGCCAUUUGGUAAGUGUUUUUAAGAGAAAGGCUGAGGAUGGUGAACUUCUGGAUCUAAUGGAUAAGUACAAUGAGGAGAUGCAAUCAAAUGCAGCAGAGGUAAUGGAGAUGAUGAAAGUUGCAGCAUGGUGUUUGCAAAAUGAAUAUGCCAAGAGACCUUCAAUGUCCAUUGUGGUGAAGUUCCUAGAGGGCAAAAUGGAUGGUGAAAAUGAGUGUGAUUUCUCAAAUCCACCAGUUCUGGCUGAAGUAGGAACCAUCGGACACCCAACGGAUACAGCUGCUUGGAUUUCAUCUAUUUUAUCUGGUCCAAGGUGAUGAUGACAUGGGGAAGAGAGGACAUAUAAUGCUUUAGCUCUUGGCUUCAUUUCUUCCUGCCAAUUGCUUCAAGUAUUUUGAGAAAGACUUGACCACCCGAUUAGCAUGUUCAGGAGUACAGACUGACUCUGAAAGGCUAAGUCCUUUCCUUGUGUCCUUUUCUGUCCAUUGGAAAAUUUUCAUUUUUUCUUUGUAGAGGGAUUAGUUGCAGUACUUUUGGUUCAUGUUGAUUCUUAGUUUAAUUUCUGCAAUGUACUAUUAGCUGCUUCAAAUUUGUGUUGCACCUCUAAUAAUUUAAUUCUAGGCAA